AUGUUGCGCCUACUUCCCAUCUCUACCCUGUUGCUGGUGACGCAAACUUUGGCGUCACCACUCGCACAUGGCGAAUCCAAACCUCUUCCGCUGCUCAUAUGGCAUGGGCUAGGCGACAACUACGCUGCAGAUGGUCUGCACAGCGUCGGCGAUCUUGCGAAUGAGACCAACCCGGGCACCUAUGUAUACUAUAUCCGACUUGAUGAAGAUGCCGGAAGCGACCGAACAGCGACGUUUUUGGGUAAUGUGACGGAGCAGAUUGCCCAAGUCUGCGACGACAUCUCAGAACAUGAGAUUCUGUCGCAAGCGCCAGGUCUUAACGCGCUGGGCUUCUCACAGGGCGGGCAAUUUCUUCGGGGCCUGGUAGAAAGAUGCGGCGACCGCGUAAACAUCAAGAACCUGGUCACCUUUGGAAGCCAGCACAACGGCAUCGCCAAGUACCAAAUCUGCAAAGACGGCGACUGGCUUUGCAAGGGUUACAUUGGGCUUUUGAAGGCAAACACAUGGGGCACAUGGGUGCAAGGCCAUCUGGUCCCUGCGCAGUACUUCAAAGCGACAAACGAAACCACGGGCGAGCCCACGGACGAAUACCUCGAGGCGUCCAACUUCCUUGCCGACAUCAACAACGAGCGAAAGCUGAAGAACGUCACGUAUGCGAAGAAUCUCGCUGCGCUGGACAACUUUGUCAUGUACAUGUUUGAGGAUGACACUACCGUCAUACCCAAGGAGAGCGGCUGGUUCGCAUACACCAACCUGACGAGCAACGAGGUGACAGAUCUGAGAGACCGUGACAUUUACAGAGAGGACUGGAUUGGCUUGAAGAAGCUGGAUGAGAAGGGUGGCCUGCAUUUCAAGACGACCAAGGGCGGGCAUAUGCAGUUGGGCGACAAGGUGUUGAGGGAUGUCUUUAAGACUUAUUUCUCUCCCAAGGGGACAGAAUGGAGUGGUGCUAUGGAGAAUGCACACGACGUAAUGGAACUUUAAAGUCGUGGGGUGCAGACGUGACGCAGGGAUAAUAAAUCAUUCGAGUAGUAAAGCUUAUUAUAUGUGUUUGUCCGAAGUCACCGACAAAGGGCAGAUUUAGCUUAUUGAUUCUCAGACGCAGUGUACUGUCGCAUGUGGACUGUUGGUUGCACUGUUUGGCACGGGUUUGUGGUUACAACAUGGUG